GAAUGUGAGAAACUUCAUAAACAACAUUUUUUUGAAACAAACGAUGAAAAGCUAUUGGAAGAGUUUUUUUUAAUGAAAAAAAGAACUAUAGAAUUCUGUCAAACUCUAGCUAAAGAGAAGAAGUCUAUUUUGAAUCAAAAUCAAAUUUCUUUGCUUUUUAAUGAUAUUAAGAAAUUUCAUAAUGGAUAUUUGUUGCAUAAGGAACAGAUGCAACUGCGAAUACAGGCCCAAGCUCAAAUCGAAAAUCAAAAGGCCUCUCUGAAUCUUUCUAUUGCUAAUAAGAACCAAAUGCAAACCCAAAUGCAAACUCAAAUGCCAAAUCAAACACCAAAUCAAACACCAAAUCAAAUGCCAAAUCAAAUGCAAACCCAAAUGCCAAAUCAAAUGCAAACCCAAAUGCCAAAUCAAAUGCAAACCCAAAUGCCAAAUCAAAUGCCAAACCCGAAUUUUGCUCACAUCACUGCACAAAACCAACAAUCAAUAAUGGGACUUGAUAACACUUCAAAAACGAAUUUGCAAGCUAAUCAAUUAAAUCAAAACCAUGUUUCACCAAUUGUGAAUCAACAAUCUUCUCUGUUGUCUCCCCAAUCAGUUCCUAUGAAUAUCAUAAGAAGUAAUCAGAAUUUGAUUUCAUCAAAUCAAUUAUCUACAGUAAAAGCGGAAAUAAUAAACAAUCAAUUUAAGAACUCCCCACAAAAUGUUAUUUCACCUCAAGUUUAUGACCAAUUUUCUACUUCUCGCAUAGCUACUCCAAUUACACAGCCUCGAAAGCUACUGGUAUCGCCAAACAAAAGAAGAAAAAUGCCUAAUACCAAUAAAAGUAAAACACCCAAAUUAGUGAAUCGAAAUUUACCUUCUGAUGGCUCAUCGGUUAAUGUGGAAUCAAAUCCUCAUGAUAAUUAUAAUGAACAAAACCCAAAUGUAAACAUUGCAAAAAUCCAGACACCUUCUGAGUUUCCUGGACAAACUCCUGCAGCUAAUAAUUUGAAUAGUACACCAAAUAUAAAAGUUGAGACACUCACUCUAAAUUCAAUGAGUAAUCCUCCAAGUAUCAGCAACAAUAGUUUACCUAAAAUUCAGUUGUUAAAGGAAGAUGUGGAAACAUUAACUAGAGAAGAAUCGAUUCGAAAGGAAAGUGAAGCGGAAAAACUUAACAGGGCUAAAUUAGAGAAAACCAAUCCGGAGAAGUAUUUUUUGAUGACACUUUCCCGGACUUUGGAGUUAUCUGAUCAAGAUUAUGAUGAAACAAUCAAUAAAAUAACCAGCGAGGAUUUUAAUAUCAAUGAUAUGAUGGAUGGUCUUAAUGGUGUUUCCAAUGGAAUAACAACAAUUAGACCUGAGUCAUUGAUUCUUAGAGACGUGACCGGCAACUCUUUUAACAGUAAUGGUGAAUCUACAAACAUAGCAAGAUCAUUGAUGUCACCUAAAUUAUCUCCAAACUUGUUUAUGAUUAAUGGUGUUAACCAGGGUUUAGCCGUUCCAGUGUCAGUGGGAAGAAACGAUAGUGCAAAUAAACAAAAUUAUGUUUGGACUGCAAGUGUUACAACGCAGGCAAUCAGAUCGACAUUCAAACAGGUUUCGGCAAUUAAAUCGUCAUUGUUACCAACCAUGCCUACUCCUCCUGAAGAAAGAAUGUAUAUAGAUACCCAGAUUAAUCGAUCAAAAAGAAAGUCUGAAGAAACAUUGGACGAUGGCGCCAAUAUCAAAAAAAACAAAGCAAUCGAGGAAAACAAUAUUGAUGCUAUAGAUUUUCCAAUGGGAAAUGAUGAGGUCAAAAAUGAAGAUAGAUAUGAAUUUGAGGAUAUCUUUAAUUUCUCUGGAACCGAAGACAAUGAAGAUUAGUUUAAUGAAUUGAUGAAUAAUUAUAUGGCAAAACAUGGAAAACAUGGAAAACAUGUGAAGUAUGGCAAAAGAUAGCAAACUAUUGCAAAUUAUUGCAAACUAUUUUUAAUUUUGACUGUUUUGUACUUUAUUUUUUUGAACUUUAUUUUUUUAUACUUAAUUUGUACUUUUUAUGCUUUUACUGAUGAUUGUCGUUCUUUUUGAUUAUUAUUAC